AUGCAAGUGAGUCUCCCCGUCGACUUUGGCGGGAUGAGCUGCCGCUGACCGAGCCCUACAUUCACUCUUUAGCUUCUUCGACUCUCUCCUCUCAUCGUAGCUGCGGCCCUCGCCGUGGCUACGUCUCCUGCCGAGGCUCAAGGCAACCCCAUCACGAGCAUCACCAACGUAGCGUCCAUCCCUCAAGCCGCGCUCAACUACAUUGCGGACCAGACGGGCAUCAACCUUUUGGCACAAAAGGUGCACUCUGAUGCCGAGGCUGUCGAUGGAGCGGUGCGAGGCGCGAUGCCCAACGAAGUAACGUCGGGCGCCAAGCGUCUACAAAAGCUUCCUAGCCGCCUUCAAAGAAAGGCAGGCGACGCCAAGUCGCAAGUGGAAAGCUUUGGCAAGGAGGCCAACUCUCGCAUCACCAAUCUGGUCAAGGAUGCUCAAAAAGACUUGACGGGCAAGCAGAAAGCCGCAGCUGCGGAGCCCAACCCUGAACCUAGACCCGCUAGCAAUGUGGCUGCUGCUCAGCCCAACGGUAACGGUGGAAAUUCGGGAAGUGGAGACAUCAUCCAGGCCUCUGGACCGUGCAGCCAGGGCAAGGCUCAGUGCUGCGACCAAACGCUGAGCGGAGACAAGGCCGACACGCUAAUCUCCGCCUUGGGCGUACAGCAGGUGCUGGGCGACGUGGGUAUCAACUGCGUAAAUCUGCCCAUCAACGUCAUUGGCGGUGCCGCUUCCCUGACCAACACGUGCAAGAACACGCCAGUGUGAGUUGGCAUUGGCUGAGCCGCCCGCCGGUUACCGGCAAAAAAGGUUUCCGCCUCUUUGCUCCUGCUUCUGUUGCUGAUGGUCUCUUCUGAAACGUUUGCUCCGCUCCCCUUCGCCUCUGCUACAGAUGCUGCCAAAAUGUCACCCAGAAUGGCCUCAUCAACCUCGGCUGCUCUGCCCUUCCCAUCAACUAG